CACACACACACACACACACACACAUAUAUAUAUGUGUAUAUAUGUAUAUAAACAUCUAUGCAUCCCAGACAUGCCUAUCUAUGUUGGUUUUUCUCAGAGCCGCGAUGGAUACUGCCAGCCAUAGCCUUGUGCUUCUGCAGCAGCUGAACAUGCAGCGAGAGUUUGGUUUUCUGUGUGACUGCACCGUUGCUAUUGGGGAUGUUUACUUCAAAGCCCACCGAGCAGUACUUGCUGCUUUUUCUAACUAUUUCAAGAUGAUUUUUAUUCACCAAACAAGUGAAUGCAUAAAAAUACAACCAGCUGACAUCCAGCCCGAUAUAUUCAGCUACUUGUUGCAUAUUAUGUACACAGGAAAAGGGCCAAAACAGACUGUGGAUCAUAGUCGUUUGGAGGAAGGGAUCCGAUUUCUUCAUGCUGACUAUCUUUCUCACAUUGCAACUGAAAUGAAUCAAGUGUUCUCACAAGAGACUGUGCAGACAUCCAAUUUGUAUGGUAUUCAGAUUUCAACAACCCAGAAAACAGCUGUCAAACAAGGGCUGGAGAUCAAAGAAGCUCCUCCCAAUAACAGUGGAAGCAGAGCUGCGGUCCCAGGGGACCACCCCCAGCUGCAGCUCUCCCUUGCAAUUGGGCUAGAUGAUGGUGGCGCAGAGCAGCAGAGGGCCCGUCCUGCUGCCCAGGCCUUGGAGGAGCACCAGAAGCCCCCAGUGUCCAUCAAACAGGAGACAUGUGAUCCAGAGUCUGUGAUCUCCCAAAGCCACUCCUCAUCCUCAUCAGAGGUGAUUGGCCCCUCUUUUACAGAAAACAGUAUCAAAGUCCACUUAUGCCAUUACUGUGGGGAGCGUUUCGAAUCCCGAGGUAACCUGAGACAGCACCUCCAUACCCAUGUGUCUGGAUCUCUCCCAUUUGGUGUCCCUGCUUCCAUUUUGGAAAGUAAUGACCUCGGUGAAGUACAUCCACUUGGUGACAGCAGUGAGACUCUUGAAUGCCGGAGGCUCAGCUCCUUCAUUGUCAAGGACAGUGAGCAGCAGCAGCAGACACCGCCUGAGCUCUCGAGCAGGGGUACCUCAGAGCCGGUACAGAUCAGUCAAGUAUCUUUGAUCUCCAAAGACACAGAGCCAGUAGAAUUAAACUGUAAUUUUUCUUUUUCAAGGAAAAGAAAAGUCAGUUGUACCAUUUGUGGUCAUAAAUUUCUUCGAAAGAGCCAGUUACUGGAACACAUGUACACACACAAAGGUAAAUCCUACAGAUAUAACCGAUGCCAAAGGUUUGGAAAUUCGUUGGCCCAGAGGUUUCAGCAGUAUUGUGACAGCUGGCCCGACGUCCCCUUAAAAAGCUCUCGCUUGUCACAAGAACAUUUAGAUUUGCCUUGUGCCUUAGAGUCCGAGCUCACACAAGCGGGUGUGGACACCAUCCUGGUGGAGUAGCAGCUGUUCCUGCAGAAUUCUUAACUGAUCUUGGAAGAGACUCACGUGCCGUUUCUAAUCAUAAGUUAGUAACCUCCUCGUGGUCUUUUGACUUAAAAUAAUCUGUCCCUAGUUUUGAGGUUAUACGUAUCAGUUCUCAUUAUAAGACAUGGGUAUUAAAUGUAACUUUCAAAUUA